AUGGCCACUGAACAGGAACAACCUCCUAAGAAGGAGAAGAAGAGCGUGAAGAAAUUAUGGAAGAAAGUUAAGGAUUUCUUCAAAGACAAACCUGCCACCCCUACUGCUGCUGCUGCGAGUACCUCUAUAGCCGCACCCGCUGCAUCAUCUCCAUCUGCACCUGCACCUGUCACUUCCAAACCAGAGUCCGCGUCUGCCACCAAACCAGACGAAUCACCCGUACGGUCACCAAGGAUCGAAGUAGAUGAUAAUGUCGAGGAUAUCCCCGCUGCCACCACCCAAGGAACAGUUCAACUUCGUCCAAUCAAGCCCUCCUCAGAGACCGGACAAUUGACGGAGCCAGAGAUGCGCUUCAAUAAAGCCCAGGCAAUCUUUGCCAAAUACAAUCUCGAACUAAGCGAAGCUGAUUGGGACAUGAGACCAAAAGUCCCGUACGAAAGAGUGGCCAAGAAUAUUCGAAUGAGAGUGAGGUAUACAUGCCAUAAUUGCUCAACUACCUUCGGCCAUGAGAGAGUCUGUGUGGGUUGUCAACAUCGUCGGUGUACCAAAUGCUCUCGCUAUCCACCAAAGAAAGAUAAAGCAAAGACAACCAAGACCGAUGUGGCCGCGCCCUCGGCAGCCCCGUUAGAUCCCUCUGAAAACAAUAAUGAUGCCGCUUGUCAUGAAUGCCAGACGGGGUUCAACAUAGGCACUGAAGAGUGUCCCAAUUGUCAUCACAAGAUAUGCGAGCGUUGCCUGCAAGAGGCCACCAUUACCGUCGAGCAUCUCCCCGGCGCGGCUGGCGCAGGGCAGAAGACCUCGACAGAAGGUGUUGGCACCGCCAGCUAA